AUGGGAAGCUUGACUCCAGACCAAGAGCCUACGUGCUGGGUCACCCUCGUCACCAAGCCCUCUUACUUACCAGGAGUCAUUGUUCUAGCUCACACUCUGGAUCAGCAGAAGUCAAAAUACCCAUUCGUUGUUCAGUACACAGACAGCCUUGGAGACGAAGCCAUCGCCGCGCUCAAAGCUGAGGGAGCACGCUCUGGUCGCAUGAUACCGAGUCAUGUUCAACUUCUCUUACCACGAGAUGGCCAGGAGAACAUGGCUGGCGUAGCAGUCGCCGAGCGAUUCCGGGACACAUUCACAAAGCUGAGAGCCUUCGAAGUCUACAAGCAGGGCUACCAGAGAGCGUGCUUCUUAGAUGCCGAUAUGGCCGCCUUUCAGAAUCCCGACGAUGUCUUCAACACUGAUAUUCCACGAGAUUGGAUAGCCUCUACCCACGCCUGCAUUUGCACUCCUGAUAGUGCCAGUUGGGCACCUGCAGCGUGGCAGAAAGGCAAUUGUGCUUACACACCCUUGACUGCGCCUGACCAGAUACAAGACGAUACUGAGGGUAGACCCACUUAUGGACUUCUAAAUGGCGGUCUUUUCCUCUUCUACCCUACCGAAGAUCUCUGGGUUCGAAUGAUGGGGUUCUUCAACUACACCGAGCGCCUAAAGGACUACCAGUUUCCGGACCAAGAUUUCCUCGCCGACUUCUUCAGACACCAGUGGAAACCCAUCUCCUGGAAAUACAAUGCCAUCAAAACACAUCCAUACAUCCACCCUCCUUUGUGGUCCAAGGAGAAACUAGUCAUCCUCCACUACAUCGUCGACAAGCCAUGGGAACGUCGUGUCAGUCCUGAUGGAAUAGGUGGUCACAAAGGCCGAGACGGUGAGAUACACCUGUGGUGGGAGGCGAUCUACGAUGAUUGGCAGAAGACACAAAAGGCCAGUUCGGACACCAUGUCAUACAUGAAGAAAUUGGUUUACACCAAAGAUCCCAUUACUGAGAAGACGCCGUUGACCUUUGUGCCUGGAACGCUCGAAGAUGUGAGGCCGUAUGCAGAGAUUCUGGGCUGGGAAGGUUCGAGAAAAUGA